AAAUCACACACACUUUCAAAUUCCAAUUCGUAUUCGUAUCGUAUCUGUAUCGUAUCCGUAUCCGUAUCCGUAUCCGUGUCGUAUCCGUAUUUUGAAGAAAUCACACACACUUUCAAUUCAAUUCAAUUCGUAUCCGUAUCCGUAUCCCUAUCGUGUCCGUAUCCGUAUCUUAAAAAUCACACACACUUUCAAAUUCAAUUCGUAUCCGUAACCGUAUCCGUAUCUUGAAAAUCACACACACUUUCAGCAGCAGUAAAUCUAGAAAAAUGUUUAUUUCUCAAAAAUGCAUAGCAUCGGAGAACCAAAAGGCCCUGAUGUAUUUUUUUGGGAGUUUUGAAGCCCUUACCCCGCCCUUGCUGUUUUAUUGCUUUUAAUAUAGAAAAUUCAGCACUUUCAACCUUUUUCUACAUUUAAAAUUCUGAACCGAUUAGAAAAAUGCAUCGUGUUAGACCAAAGGGAGUGAGCAGCCGUGUAUACCCUGCUACUAAAAGUAUCAAACCUCAAAAUAAAAUAACGAAAUGGAAUAUUGUUUCUGGUGACAAGGUGGCCAUCAUUGCCGGACGGGACAAAGAUACGAUCGGUGAGGUGAAAUCAGUGGAUCGUAAAACGAAUACACUUUUUGUGGAAGGAAAGAAAUUGGCAAAGAAACAUGUACCUAUGCAACCUGCUGCCCCUGAGGGUAUUGUGAGGAAAGAGAUGCCAAUUCACUAUUCCAACGUCAUGUUAUUACAUCCAGAUACACAAUUACCUACUAAAAUUGAUAGACGCAAAGUAUCGAAAACUUUGGAGGAUGGACGUGUUAUCACACGUUGGUCGAGAUUUGUAAAAGGAACAGAUAUUGAAAUCCCCAAACCCUUUAAAAAAUACAACGAUAUCGUUCAAGAUGAGAAGUUCACUACGACAGCGGAUGAAGUACUCAGAGUAACCUACACUUCCACACCAACGGAUGCAGCACAGCCUCCGUUUCCCCAGGAACUAGUAAAAGAACUCAGAAAUGUUCAUAAAAAGAAAUUGAUUGUCCCAUUAGACACCCAUGAGAGCUCCACGACCUCAUCACCUACCACACCCACAGCAGGAAAAGCAAAAGUAUCACCAUCCACCUAAACAAUGACCCUAGCUUUGUAUCGCCAAUAGCUAGAUGUUGUUUCUCAUUUCUUUCACUUUUUUUUUUCCCCUGUACAGUCUUUUAUUGUAAUUUUUGUCUCGUUUAAAAAAUUAUCUAGAAUAAAAAAACUUUGGAAAUAGUGUCAUGACUCUUCCAACGACAACAGAAGCGGUGA